GUUGACUUAUUAAGUCAAUGGGCGAUAAAAGAAUGGUUUCUCUUCUACCAAGUGAAUUAGGAAGGGAAAGAAUACCAGUGUACUUUGGUGCUUGGUAGCAGUCUUCUACAGUUACUUAAGCUCAAAAAGUGAUGCAAAGUAUAGAUGUGUUAUUGGAUGGCGACUCAAUGCAUCCUGGUAAAAGGGCAAAAAUUACCGCACAAGAUUCGUCAAAUAAGAAGAUGAAUGUAUAUAUAUGGGACAUGGAUGAGACACUAAUAUUGUUAAAGUCGUUGUUGAAUGGGACAUAUGCUGAAGGUUUUAAUGGUUCCAAGGAUGUUCAGAAGGGUAUAGACAUUGGUAAGAUGUGGGAGAAGCACAUUCUUCAAAUAUGUGACGAUCAUUUCUUCUAUGAACAAAUUGAGAACUACAAUAAACCUUUACUUGACUCGUUAAGGGAGUAUGAUGAUGGAAAAGAUUUGUCAGAUUAUGAUUUUAGCAAAGAUGGUGUUAGUUCUCCACAUGAUGAUCUAAACAAAAAGAAACUGGCUUAUCGGCACCGUAUUAUCGGGCAUAAGUAUGAACAGGGUUUGCGAAAUGUCAUAGAUCAAGAUACAAUGAAGCAAUUGGAUGAUCUUUAUGAGCUAACGGAUAGGUAUACAGACAGGUGGCUCUCCUCGGCUCGGGCCUUCUUGGAGCAAUCUUCAGAAGGAAAGAACUCAACCCCUCAUCUUGCUGCAGCCAACGGAGUCACUGAAUCCUCUGACAGUAAAUCUGAUAAAGUGAACAUUUUGGUCACUGCUGGAUCAUUGAUACCCAGCCUUGUGAAGUGCUUUCUCUUUCGGUUGGAUGAUUUAAUAAUGCAUCAAAAUGUCUACAGCUCAUGGGAUGUGGGGAAACCAAAAUGUUUUUCAUGGAUCAAGGACCGUUUUAACGGCCCAAACGUGCAGUUUUGCGUAAUUGGAGAUGGAUGGGAAGAAUGUGAGGCUGCACAAAUAAUGAAAUGGCCACUUGUUCAAAUUGAUCAUCGUCCAAGUGGCUCUCAUAGAUUUCCAGGUCUCACAUUAAAAACUGUCGGCUACUAUAUCAGUGUCAUUUAUGAGCCUUCUAAUUCAGAAAGUGAUGAAAAGUAAGUAAAUUACAUUUCAGUUCAACCCUUGAACUAUUUCUGCAUUUUGUAUAUACAGCACAACAUAAGGUUAUUUUUCUAUUUUUCGCAAAUCCGAAGUAUAUAAAUGUUAUAAUGUUCUUGACUGUCUUCACAUGUGAAAACUCUAUCUAUUGUCCUAUUGAUUUCCUGGA